AUGUAUUUAUUGAGACAAGAGAGAGAGAUGGAUGAUGAAUCGGUGAAGCUCAGUAAAGAAGAUGACGAAUAUGUUCUCAUUGAUCUUGACGACGUUGCGAGGCACAUUGACAUUCCAUCCGACGCUCCAUAUAAAUUAUCAGGUUUGGAUACUUUGAAUCCAAUAUUGACCAUUGAUGGGAAGAUCAAGCUGACUGGAGAAUAUAUAGAGACAAUUGGUACAUGCCUUGCUUUCUCUGAAAAGGAAGUUUCAGCGGGUGAAAACCAGACGCCGCAGAAGAUAGUCGAACCUGUUGCCAAACUCCACAAGAUUCUUAAGUUUAGGUUAGCAGCAUUCGACAACGACGAUGGAGAAACAAAGACAACAACAACUUCAUAG